CUGACUCCUUUAUAAACUUAUCUGAACCGCUAAGGAGGGCUGCUUCUGAUAUUUUAUUCUUCUAAAACCUUUAUCUGUUUAUUUAAUGGUUAGACUUAAAAAAAGGAGAAAAAAAGCAGUUACUUACUAAGAAAGUCGUUUUAUUAAAGGAGGUCAUGGCAGCAGGAAGGAUGAGGUCCACCCGCAGGCUUCGCUCCUGGAUAGUCGAGCAGGUCAGCAGCGGGAAAUAUCCGGGCGUAAUGUGGGACGACGACGCUAAAACCAUGUUCCGCAUUCCCUGGAAGCACGCAGGGAAACACGACUUCCGUCAGGACGAGGACGCCGCUCUGUUCAAGGCCUGGGCUGAGUUCAAAGGGAAGCUGCCAAAGGGAGAGAACAACCCCGCCGCGUGGAAAACCCGGCUGCGCUGUGCUCUCAACAAAAGCCCAGAGUUCAAGGAGGUGAUGGAGCGAGCCCAGCUGGACAUCUCAGAGCCGUAUAAGGUGUACCGCCUGGUCCCCAUCAGCGAGCAGGGUGUGUUGACACCUGAGACUAAAAGCAAAGAAAAAAACAGCAAAAAGCACAAGAGGAAGAGCAGCGACUCUGACAGCAGUAGCAGCAGCAGCAUCAGUCAGGACAAACGGGUCAAAACAGAAGAGGUGACCUCUCAGCUGCAUGUGGACGAAGAUCUGCUGCAGGACAACAAGCCGGCCCAGUCAGAUGGACCCUCCCAAUGCAGCUCUGUGGAUGAGAUCAGGUUGGAUGUUCGGAUUGAGGAGAGUCUCCCCGCUACUCAGGGAGACCAGGACUCCUUCAGCGUGGCGGUUCAUUAUAUAGGUCAGGAAGUGCUGAAACGCUCCAUCUACGGGCCUGAUGUUCGCAUCGUGUACCUGCCUUCCUCCUCCAUUCCUCCAACUCCGGCCGCUAUGAACGUCAGGUUCCCUCGCAUCCUUCUGCCGGAGCCGCCGUCCACGCUGCCUGCCGGCGGGGAGCUGCAGGCGCUCUUCACUCUGCUUCCCUUCAUGGAGAAGGGGAUCCUGCUGACAUCCACGCAGCAGGGAGUAUACGGCAAGAGGUACUGCCAGGGUCGGAUCUUUUGGACGGGGCCGCACACUACCACCCCGGGCCUUCACCGCAUGGAGCGGAACACGGAGCCGGUGCUCCUUUUCAGCAAAGAGAUCUUCAAGCAGCAGCUGGACGAUUACCGAGCCAAUGGCGGCGAGCCUCCUCAUUGCGGCUUCACUCUGUGUUUUGGAGAGGAGCUCAGCAACGCCGAAGAUCCAUCUCACAAACUGAUCAUAGUUCAGAUCACCCUUCCAUGGGCGGAGCAGCAGGUGGAGGACGCCCUGUCUUUCUACAACACCAUCUCAGUCUUCCGGACAUUGGCCAGCCAGUCGCCGCUGGGAGAGAUCACCCUCAACCUCGUCACGGUGCCACCCUCCGAGCUGGUCGCCUGUCAAACCCCCUGAGGGCUCCAGAGAGCCGUCUCUCCAAACCAAGCAUUCCCAGCUGAAACCACGCUGAAACAUCUGGAGCUUAAAAGCUGAUGUCAAAAUAAAAGCCUCUGUUUAAGGCUGAAAAGACAGACCUAAAGCUUUUAAAGAAAAAUCUGUUUAACUUUGCAGCUAAGAGCUUUGGGGUAAAAAUUCUCCAACUGGGAUCAAAGCUUUGGAAACACUACAAAAAAGAAAAGAAAAAAAAAGUUGGAGGUGAUCUUUAUAAGGAAAA